AUGGAAGUCCAAGGACCGCCCAAGUUGCCACCGGAGGAUCCACCCGUCGACGAGUCAGAGCUCUCUCCGGUGGAGGAGGUCCGGCUGACAGUGCCCAACACCGACGACCCAAACCUGCCGGUAUGGACGUUCCGGAUGUGGACGCUCGGCCUCAUCUCCUGUGCCCUCCUCUCCUUUCUCAAUCAGUUCUUCUCCUACCGGAGGGAGCCCCUCAUCAUAACCCAGAUCACCGUCCAGGUGGCGACCCUCCCGCUCGGGCGGCUCAUGGCCUCCAUCCUCCCGACCGCUAAGUUCCACCUCCCAGGGCUCAGCGGCAGCGAGUUCUCGCUCAACCCGGGGCCGUUCAACAUGAAGGAACACGUGCUGAUCUCGAUCUUUGCCAAUGCCGGCAGUGCCUUUGGCAACGGCUCAGCCUACGCGGUCGGGAUCGUCAACAUCAUCAAGGCCUUCUAUGACCGGAGCAUCUCCUUCGGCGCCUCGUGGAUUCUCAUCAUAACUACUCAGGUUUUGGGGUACGGCUGGGCCGGACUCUUGAGGAAGUACGUGGUGGAGCCGGGGCAAAUGUGGUGGCCAAGCACCCUCGUUCAAAUCUCUCUCUUCAGGACAUUACACGAAAAGGAAACAGAGGAAGACAAGGCACAAUACAGUGUCUCAAGGGUCAAGUUCUUUGUGAUCGCAAUGGUGUUUAGCUUCCUGUGGUACUUGGUCCCGGGGUUCCUGUUCCAAUCCUUGUCGAGCAUCUCGUGGGUUUGCUGGGCCUUCCCUAACUCUGUCACGGCCCAACAGAUUGGGUCGGGCCUUAACGGGCUCGGCGUCGGAGCCCUCACUUUGGACUGGUCAACGGUGGCUUCGUUCUUGUUCAGUCCACUAAUAUGCCCCUUCUUUGCCAUAGUGAACGUCUUUGUUGGCUUUGCCGUAAUCAUGUAUGUUGUCAUACCUAUCGCCUACUGGAGGUUAAACGCGUACAAUGCCAAGACAUUCCCGAUAUUCUCUUCAGAUUUAUUCACCGCGCAAGGCCAAGAGUACAAUAUUACGCUGAUUGUUAAUAAGAACUUUGAGUUAGACAAGGCAGAGUAUGCGCAACUAGGGAAGAUUCAUAUGAGCAUGUUCUUCGCACUCACAUAUGGCUUUGGAUUCGCCACUAUUGCUUCGACCCUCACUCAUGUGGCCCUGUUCUAUGGAAGAGAGAUAUAUGAUCGAUUUCGAGCUUCUUCAAAAGGAAAAGAGGAUAUUCACACAAAACUGAUGAGAAACUACAAAGACAUUCCACAAUGGUGGUUCUACGUAUUACUCGUGAUGACAAUCAUCGUCUCUCUGAUACUCUGUACCGUCCUUAAAAAGGAUGUCCAAAUGCCAUGGUGGGGUUUGCUCUUUGCAGUAGCUCUUGCCUUCAUUUUCACUCUUCCAAUCAGCAUUAUAACAGCCACCACGAAUCAGACUCCGGGGCUCAAUAUCAUCACAGAGUACAUAAUGGGAGUGAUAUUGCCCGGACAUCCGAUCGCCAAUGUCUGCUUCAAGACCUAUGGAUACAUGAGCAUGACGCAGGCAAUAUCCUUCCUCAGUGACUUCAAGUUGGGCCACUACAUGAAAAUCCCUCCAAGGUCAAUGUUUUUGGUUCAGUUCAUUGGAACGAUUGUUGCUGGAACGGUCAACCUUGGCGUGGCGUGGUGGCUCUUGGACUCCAUCACCAACAUUUGCCACAAGAAUGUCCUCCCACCCAACAGCCCUUGGACAUGCCCCAGUGACCGUGUCUUCUUCGACGCAUCUGUGAUCUGGGGCUUAGUAGGCCCGAAGAGGAUCUUUGGCUCCGAAGGAGUCUAUAAGGCCCUUAAUUGGUUCUUCCUUGGUGGCUUGCUAGGUCCGGUUGCAGUGUGGUUAUUGCACAAGUCGUUCCGCAAGCAGUCGUGGAUUCCCCUCAUCAAUCUCCCUGUCCUUCUUGGUGCCACCGCUGCUAUGCCUCCCGCAACGGCUCUGAACUACAACUCGUGGAUUGUCGUGGGGACAAUCUUCAACUUCUUCAUUUUCAGGUACCGGAAGAGGUGGUGGCAGAGGUACAAUUACAUCCUCUCGGCUGCCCUAGAUGCUGGUGUUGCGUUCAUGGCUGUUGUCAUUUACUUUGCCUUUGGGAUAGAGGAUCGGAACCUGCACUGGUGGGGCUCCAACCCAGAUGUUGAUCCUGAGCACUGCGGGCUCGCCACCUGUCCGACAGCGAAGGGCAUUUCUAUAGACGGUUGCCCCGUCUUUUGACGACUUAUUCUCUGGAAUAGAACUAUGAACGUCCUCACAAACAGCUGCAGUAUCCAUCUUAGUGCACAACUGUGUUAUCUUCACUAGUAGACCUGA